AUGCCCGUGGUCAAUGUCGAAGAUCUCGUCCGUCUUCAACGGAAACCCCAAGACAUACGGAAUAUCUGUAUUCUUGCACACGUUGAUCAUGGCAAAACGUCCUUGACGGAUAGCCUGAUCGCCACAAAUGGCAUCAUCUCGCCGAAGCUGGCGGGCAAAAUCCGCUACCUGGACUCCCGUCCGGAUGAGCAGCUCCGCGGAAUCACCAUGGAGUCCUCUGCGAUCUCUCUUUACUUCUCCAUGAUGCGUCGUCCGGCUCCCGACGCGGACCCCGUGCAGAAAGAGUAUCUGAUCAAUCUGAUCGACUCCCCCGGCCACAUCGACUUCAGCAGCGAGGUGUCGACAGCCUCGCGCCUCUGCGAUGGAGCCGUGGUACUCGUCGAUGCGGUCGAGGGCGUGUGCAGUCAGACCGUCACCGUGCUCCGUCAGACGUGGGUCGAGCAGCUGAAACCCAUUCUGGUGAUCAACAAGCUCGACCGAUUGGUCACGGAGCUCAAGAUGAGCGCCAGCGAAGCAUACUCGCAUCUCAGCAGACUACUGGAGCAGGUCAAUGCCGUCAUUGGAAGUUUCUACCAGGGCGAGCGCAUGGAGGAGGACCUCCAGUGGCGCGAACGCAUGGAAGAGCGCGCCAACGCCGCCGCUGCUCAGAAAGACCGCUCCAAGAAGCAGGCGGCGGACGACGAGUCCAUCGCCGGUAGCGCGGCUGACUUUGAAGAACGGGAUGAUGAAGACCUCUACUUCGCCCCGGAAAAGAACAACGUGAUCUUCUGCAGCGCCGUUGACGGGUGGGCCUUCACCGUCCGCCAAUUCGCCGCUAUCUACGAGAAGAAGCUCGGGAUCAAACGGGCGGUGCUCGAGAAGGUGCUCUGGGGAGACUACUAUCUGGAUCCCAAGACGAAACGUGUCCUGGGCCAGAAGCAUUUAAAAGGACGGGCGUUGAAGCCCAUGUUUGUCCAGCUGGUCUUGGAGAGCGUCUGGGCGGCGUACGAGGCCACGACGGGUGGAGGCAAAGGAAAGGGGGACCCUGCUUUGUUGGAGAAGAUCACCAAGUCCUUGAAUAUCACCAUCCCACCAUACAUUCUACGCUCCCGUGAUCCCAGGAACAUCAUGACCACUCUGUUCUCAAUGUGGCUGCCUCUGUCAACGGCCCUGUUAGUAUCAGUCAUCGAAUAUCUUCCAAGUCCACCAGCCGCGCAGGAGCUACGAUUGCCGGAAAUGAUCGAGGAGUCGCCCGGAGCAAAGUUCGUGGACGAAAAGGUCAAAAAUGCCAUGGUCAAGUUCAAGACGGGCCCGGACGAGCCAGUCGUGGCCUACGUCAGUAAAAUGGUGUCUAUUCCUGAGAGCGAACUGUCCUCGAGCAAAAAGCGGUCUGGUGCCACCAUGUCAGCCGACGAAGCUAGAGAAAUCGCUCGCAAGAAGCGCGAAGAGAUCGCGAAGAUGCAGGCUGAGGCCAACGGUGGCGGCCAGGCAGAAGACGCUUACGCCCGGAUCACGUCGGCCUUUGAACGGACGACGCUGGAAGAUGGCGGCGAGCCAGCCGAACCUGAGGAGAAAGAAGACCCCGAACACCUCGUUGGAUUCGCCCGUCUUUACUCCGGAACGCUCUCUGUCGGCGACUCGAUCUACGUCCUUCCACCCAAGUUCUCCCCCGAGAAUCCCCACGCCAGCCCUGAACCAAGAAAGGUCACCGUCACAGACCUAUAUCUCCUCAUGGGCCGCAGCCUGGAACCCUUGAAGUCCGUCCCCGCUGGAGUGGUCUUCGGCAUCGGCGGCCUCGCCGGACACGUCCUCAAAACCGGCACGCUCUGCUCGCAGCUCGAAGGCGGCAUCAACUUGGCCGGUGUGUCUCUGCACACGCCGCCGAUUGUGCGAGUCGCCCUGGAACCCGUCAACCCAGCCGAUCUGGGGAAGAUGGUCACUGGCCUACGUCUCCUUGAGCAGAGCGAUCCAUGCGCACAGUACGAAGUCCUCCCCAACGGCGAACAUGUCAUCCUCACAGCCGGCGAGCUCCAUCUCGAGCGCUGUCUGAAGGAUCUCCGCGAACGCUUCGCCCGCUGUGACAUCCAGACCGGCGAGACGAUCGUGCCCUACCGCGAAACCAUUGUCAGCGUGCCGGACAUGGCGCCCCCCAAGAACCCGGAUCUCGGCCGCGGCGGCGUGCAAACCGUCUCGUCAUCGAAGCAGCUCACCAUGCGGCUGCGCGUCGUGCCACUCCCCGCGGCCGUCACGGACUUCCUCACCAAGCAGAUCUUCGACGAGGAAGUCAAGGAGGACCGGGAGUUGUGGAAGAACGUCGUCGGGCGGAUCACGGCGUUCGGUCCCCGGCGCAUCGGCCCUAACAUCCUCGUCGACGCAACCGAGGUCAACACCUGCGAGAAAUUCCUGGUCGACGAUCCAAAACAGCAACCCACCAUCAACCCUGAGACCAGCAGCCGCAAUGCCCUGGUCGUGCGCGACUUCUGCGACAAGAUCGCCUACGCAUUCCAGCUCGCCACGGGCCAGGGCCCCCUCUGUCAGGAGCCGAUCCAGGGCGUGGCGGUCUUCCUGGAAGAGCUAGCCGUCAACACCAGCGAGGAGGACCUCGAUCUCGGCCGACUAACCGGCGAGGCGAUCCGCCUCGUCCGCGAGGGUAUCUCGCAGGGCUUCCUCGACUGGAGUCCGCGCAUCAUGCUGGCAAUGUACAGCUGUGAGAUCCAGGCGUCCACCGAAGUCCUCGGCCGAGUCUACGGCGUGAUCACCCGGCGUCGCGGCCGCAUUCUCUCCGAAACGAUGAAAGAGGGCACGCCCUUCUUCACGAUUCUGGCGCUGCUCCCCGUCGCUGAAUCGUUCGGGUUCGCGGAGGAAAUCCGCAAGCGGACGUCGGGGGCGGCGCAGCCGCAGCUUAUCUUUGCGGGCUUUAGCGCCCUCGACGAAGACCCUUUCUGGGUGCCUGCGACGGAGGAGGAGCUCGAGGAUCUGGGUGAGUUGGCGGAUCGCGAGAACGUCGCGAAGCGGUACAUGGAUGCGGUGCGCACGCGGAAGGGGUUGGUGGUGCAGGGACGGAAGUUGAUUGAUGCGGAGAAGCAGAAGACGCUGAAGAAGUAG